AUGCCCCGUUGUUAUUGCUACCUUGCUUCUUGCUUAUGUCCCGUUGUUGUGGCUACCUCGCUUCUUGCCUAUGUCACGUUGUUGUGGCUACCUCGCUUCUUGCCUAUGCCCCGUUGUUAUUGCUACCUCGCUUCUUGCCUAUGUCACGUUGUUGUGGCUACCUCGCUUCUUGCCUAUGCCCCGUUGUUAUUGCUACCUCGCUUCUUGCCUAUGUCCCGUUGUUGUGGCUACCUCGCUUCUUGCCUGUGUCCCGUUGUUGUGGCUACCUCACUUCUUGCCUAUGCCCCGUUGUUAUUGCUACCUUGCUUCUUGCCUAUGUCCCGUCGUUAUUGCUACCUCGCUUCUUGCCUAUGUCCCGUUGUUGUGGCAAUCUCACUUCUUGCCUGUGUCCCGUCGUUAUUGUUUAUACUUUCUUUGGAUUUAAUGUCCCGUUGUUGUGGCUACCUCAUACUUUUUUGCCUAUGUCCUGUUUUGUUGCUAUCAUGUUUCUAG